AUGGAGCCGCCACCGCUGGGCGCGACUUCGCUAUCCAAGAUGGCGAACCUGAGCGGAAGCUACAGCAAUCUGUACCGGGAAUCCGCCAGUGGGAAGCUGUCUCUGGCCACGACGCCGGCCGACGGCGACAAGUCGAUGCAAAACGUCGACGAGAUUAUGAUGGUGUCCAGCAUAAGUGGGCACGAGAACUGGCAGUUCCGCCGGCAAGGGAACGUCAGCUGGCCAAACCCGGCACAGUGCUUCCAGUGGAAGCAAUUUCACCACCAGCAGCAGCAACAGCAGCUGCCUAGCAGUAAUAGCGUAGGUAAGAGUAAUUUUAGUGCGGUGGCCGCGGUUGACGAGCUCAAUGCUUCCUUCAUCACGAGCGACCUCGACCUGGAUCUGGACGAUCCCGUGAUGUCGAGUUCGUUCGCCAGCAACAGCGCAAAGUCCACGGCGCAAUCGGUGGCGGCGGCGGCCUCCAACAACCUGCUGGACUCCGUUGUCGUGCCCCCUACGAUCGCCCAUUUGCCACCCCUCAAGAGCUCCCAGCCAAUCACGGCCAUCGAGAUGAAGAACGUGAUCAAAACGUUGGACCCUAACGUGAUCAUUCAGUCUUCACCGACUACGACGACGACGACGACAAACGGCACCAGUAGUAAUAGCAACAACGGUACCACAAACAACUCCUUCCUGACCGGUUCCAGCCGGUUGCGACUGCUGCAGGAAUCGACCAUGAUCGACACCGCGCUCGACCUGGACAGCCUGGACGGGUCGAUCGGCAACAACUCACAGUCCUGUUUGGUAAAAACAGCCAUAGUGUGAGAAGAGAAAUUAUCAUCAUCACUAGCUAGCUAGCGUGUGUUCGUGCGUGCGUGCGUGUUUGUGUCAAAACGGUGUCUAUUAGCAUUAUUACAAGUGAAACAACAUUACCUUAGCCCCCGCCCCGAGUAAUUGCUUACCCCCCAAUAAGAGAAAAGAGAAUAAGCAAAACGUCUCCUAACCAGAAACAAAAAGAAGAAAACUUAGCAAACACGUGAUAGCACAAUGGCACUCUAACUAAAUGAUAGAGCAGAGGCGACUAUUUUAUAUUAAUGUAGAAAAAAAAAUUGUUUUUUAAAGCAACCGGAACAGCGAAAAAUGGACAAAGUGAGUGAGACUCAGAAUAGUGUUUUUUGUUGAUUGUGUUCUAUAUUGGUUCAAGCAUUUUUCAUUUUUUUUUUCUCGUUCAUUACACAAGUGAGUUGUACAGAAUGAAAAAGAGCGAUUGUUAACGAGAGAGCAUGUUGUUUAAAUCUAUAAAGAAGAAGAAAAAGAUGUGUAAGACAUUUGAGACGCGCUGCUGAAAUGGGCAUAAAAAAGUUUAGUUUUCAUCAU